AUGGAUUACCUGGUGGAUAGAAACCAUACUACAGUGACAGAGUUCAUUUUAUUGGGCUUAACAGAUGAUCCAGUCCUUCGAGUCAUCCUCUUCAUCAUCAUCCUGUGCAUCUAUCUGGUGACUGUAUUUGGGAAUCUCAGCACAAUCCUUCUUAUCAAAGUCUCUGCUCAACUCCACCACCCCAUGUACUUUUUUCUGAGCAACUUGGCUUUUGUUGACUUUCUCUUUUCAUCUUCUGUCACACCUAAUAUGCUUGUGAAUUUCCUGGUGGAGAGAAAUAGGAUCUCUUAUCUGGGCUGUGCCAUCCAAUUAGGUUUUGUCAUUUUCUUAGGAUCAGUUGAGGGCUUUCUUCUCGCUGUCAUGUCCUAUGAUCGCUUUGUGGCCAUCUGUAAUCCACUACUGUAUUCAACAAAAAUGUCUACACAAGUCUGUGUGCAGUUACUUGUAGCAGCUUACAUAGGAGGUUUCCUUAAUGCUUUAAUGUUUACCCUUUCUUUCUUUUCUUUGGUCUUCUGUGGCUCAAAUAGAGUCAAUCAUUUCUUUUGUGAUUUUGCCCCUCUAGUUGAACUUUCCUGUUCUGAUGUUAGUGUCAUUGCAGUUGCUCCUUCAUUUUCUGCAGGUUCUGUGAUUAUUUUCACUGUGUUUGUCAUAGCCAUCUCCUACGUCUACAUCCUCAUCACCAUCCUGAAGAUGCGCUCCACUGAGGGCCGCCAAAAGGCCUUCUCCACCUGCACCUCCCACCUCAGUGCGGUCACUCUGUUCUAUGGUACAGUUACAUUUGUUUAUGUGAUGCCCAAGUCCAGCUACUCCACUGAUCAGAACAAGGUGAUAUCCAUAUUCUACAUGGUGGUGAUCCCCAUGUUGAACCCACUGAUCUACAGUCUUAGGAAUAAUGAAAUUAAGGGGGCUCUGAAGAGAGAGCUUGCUAGGAAAAUCUUUCCAUAG